GCCCGCGCAUGCGACGUCGUCACCCGGCAACGGUCCUGGCCCGAUCGAUGCCAUCUUUGUCUUCGGCGACUCGCUCUUGGACGUGGGGAACAACAACUACGGCCCGGCGGACUGGCCUAAGAACAACUUCGCGCCGUACGGCACUAACUACAUCCCCGCGUCGGGCCGCGUGUGCGAUGGCAAGCUGACCGUCGAUUUCCUUGCGGAGUGGCUGGGCUUCCCCGGAUCCCCCCCGCCGUACCUGCAGCCGGGCCGAAAUGCGACGCUCGGAGUGAGCUUCGCCAGCGCUGGCGCCAGCUUCAACAUCACGGGAUACACCCUCCCGGCCUUUCAAGCAUCGCAGCAGCUGCAGUGGUACACCGAGUUUCAGUCCGCCGUCAAUGCGGCAGCGGGCUCCGACCCCAGCCUCCCCAGGUCCCCCGCGGUCUUCCCCUCCGCACUGCACGUCAUCGGGCUGGGCGCCAACGACUACCAGAUCCUCUUUUUCGGAGAGGGAGUCAACUCAAGCACCAUCCCCAGGCUGGCCGCGGGAGGCACGCAGCAGAUGAGGGGGUUCGCGUCCGCGGUGGUAUCCGCUCUUGAGGCCUAUGUGAGGAGCCUGUAUGGGCUUGGGGCGAGGAGGUUCUUGCUGAGUGAACUGCCGCCGUUUGGGUGCGCGCCGUUCUGGCGGCAGGCGCUGCAGCAGGCGCAGUGCGUGGCGGUGCUGAAUGCGUAUGCCCAGGAGCAUAACAAGCUGCUGGCCGCUGCUGUAGGCGUGCUGAGGAACGCACUCCCUGACUCGCACAUCCUGCUGUCCAAGGUGUACGGUCUUGUGGAGACCGCAGUUGCCGACCCGGCCACUGUUGGCCUCCUGGAGGGAAGCAACGCUUGCUGCGGCGGCCCGCCUCCCCUCAACGGCCUCGUGCAGUGCGGCACAGCCGCUAACCUGGGCGGUAACCCGGUAACCGCAACGGAGUGCAGCCGUCCCCAGGACGCAGUGUUCUGGGACCAGUUUCAUCCCUCUGAGUCCCUCAACCGCAUCCUCGCCCGAAACUCGUUUGUGGGUCGCCAGGACUCCAUUGUUCCGAUGAGCGUGCGCGACCUGUCAAAGAUUGCCAAAGGGCAGACCUAAAUGAAAGAUUGGGUGGAGUUUGAAAUAAAUCGUCUGAUGUUGUAGGAGAGUAGGUAUAAAACUAUAAACAAGAACACUUGGCAAAUCCUCAAGUGUCGGUCCAGGAUCUUUGCUGGAAUGGUAGACUAGUAAGACAGCGGAAGUCUUGUAAAAUGUAAAGGUCAAGGUUGAAUAACCUGAGUACAUGAAC